AUGUGGCUGAAAAGUCCAACAAAAGUAGUGCACAAGGUCAAUGUUAUCACUUGGAAAAUAGUAGGUAGUUUCUUUUAUUUAAAUCUGUUUCUAGAUCCCAAUGAUGGAGGACAAGCUUUAGACCUUGAAGAAACUGCAGCCGAGUUGAGACGUGAAAACUUUAGACUUAGGCUAAUGUUGUACAACUACGAGAGAAUGUAUCGAUAUGCUAACACAUCUCAAGACUUGGAGUCAUCGCGAGUUUAUGCUGCGGAGUCUCAAAAUGUCCUAUUGAAGGAAUCACUCAAUGAAAAGCAAGUGCUUCUAGAUUCUGCAUCGAAAAUGAUUGAUAUUUUAAAAGAGGAAAAUAAUCAACUUCAUGAACAAAUAGAUGAUUUGAAACGAAAACAUCAUGGUACUGAAAAUGAUUGGCGAAAUAAGUAUGAUAAUUUACACUCUGAGCUACAAUGUACCCAAGAAAAAGUUCAUGCUUUGGAAAUGUGUGUAUUAGCUAAGGAAACGGAAUUCGCCAAGUGUAAAAAUGAAUUUCAAAGCUCUAUAGCUAGGCUUCAAGCAGAACUUGCAUUCAGCCAGCAUAACAGCAAACGCUAUAGACGAGAGCUCCAAAUGUUUCGAACAGAAGCUGAUGAUUUACGCGCAACAUUGGAGAACGUUAACAAAUCUCACCUUCACAAAGUUUGCAGUAGUAUACCACCACAUACAACUGUUGAAGGAUAUUCAGCCUCUGCGACAUUUCUAACAUGA